AUGUACUCCUGUACAUCACCGAAAAGCCUGCCAACCAUCUCUGCAGAUGGGGGUUCAGGGAAUAAAGCCAUUCGUGCUCGGAAUUCGGCUGUAAAUUCGUGGGUUUCUCCCUCCAUUUGAGGUGCUGCAGCAGCUGCGGCUCUGUCUCCUUCCAUGAGCUCUGUAAUGAGGACAGCCUUUGCCUUGUUACUGGCGAUUGCUCCUCUUGCUUCCAGCAGCUCCUUUAAUGUGCUCUGUUUUAGCAGGGCGUAAUUUGUUCCCAUUCACCGGCUGUUCGUGAGGUUUAUUCGAAUGCGCUAAUUCCCGAAUGGCUGUUCCUCGAUUCGUUUAAAAAUCUGCCGAACGUUGCUUUGCUGUGUGAAUUCAAUCCCACCGCUGCCACCAAUUGUAGCGGAGAGGCAGUAUAAUCCACGAUAUCUCCGCUGGGUAACAGGAACAACAAAGGAUAAUCCAGGGAAUCAGCAUACAGUAAUCCAAACAGCACUGCAGUAACCCUUCCUUCCCAAGAACUAGACGACACAUAGGCUGGGAGUCAACUGAGGUCUUUUAAUUCAGCUCCACAAUUUAUACAAGUCCCCAUGCAAGGGGUUUCCUGAGUCCCCUCCCAGGGACAUUCCCAGAGGGGACUACAUGGGGGACUUACAAAACAAGACAUUUUUCCCAUCAGGCACCGCUGCACGAGAGGGAUCCUCCCACUGGAAUAUACCAUUAAGUGGAUUAUCCCUCCGUGCAGCAGAGCUUACAUUUCACAUUAAAUUCAAUAAUUCCGUGAAUAUCUGGUUCAUUUAAACGAAUGGACGUUCGGUAGAUAGCUGGGGUCUGAGCGCAUCAUUCGUGAGAUUACCGCUCAGAUCCCAGCUAAAAUAACCGAACGCCGCACGAAAAACACAUUCACUAACACAUAGCCUUAAAAUGUCGAUUACAUAUAGUGAAACAAAAUACCGAACGUCCCGGACCUCCUGAACGGUCUGGAGGCUCAGCGGUGUUCGCGCCGUCGAGAAGCCGUUUUUAGUUCCACGCGCUCGACGACCAAACACAGCUGAGGGAACAAAGGAUCCAAGAUGGCUGCCCGCAGCAUGGUCGGUAGUCGAACGACGGCCACCCAGGAGAGCCUCUAAUUACCGAUUGCAACAUUGUUGCAAUCGGUUAAUAGGUGCCACACGCCUCUAAGUGUGUGGGCUAUAAAAUGAUAUGUUGUUCGCUUCCCGAACGGUCCGCAAAGGUGCCGUUCGUGAAACGGAAGGAAUUAGCUAUCUGCGGUCGGGAGAUAGCCCAGGCAGGAAAUACAGCAUUAACAUUGCAUUACAGUACACGCUCUAACACACAAAAGGAACCCCAUACCGGCAACCCUUAAAGAGACAGUACAAAAUAAUGUCCAAGUGGCUAGGUUUGCCACAGUCUCUCCACUUGGUGCAGCCCUAUCUUAUAUUUUUUACUACUAUAACUUAGUAUUUCGUGGGCAUUGACAUUUCACUUUCCUUAGGUGUCCUGGUCAUACUGUCGGUGGCUUUACAAACACAAAACCCGUCAUCUGCCUCUGUCAUAUUCUCACUGCUCAUCAACAGUAUCUGGUAGGUUCCUUUAUUUAAUUUAGGCCCACGAUCUGGCCCACUACAAUAUACCCAUACGCACAGAUACUCAUGCACAUCCUAUCCAUGGGUUGCAGCUCGUCAUCUACUGCCACCCUCUCGUUCAUAUCUUUCCGCCUAGCAUCAGCCGGACUCAAACCUUAUCAGGUACGAUGUCAUAAUCCUGUACAUUUUCUAUGUUUUGAGUGGUACUGGCUUCCUGAGAUUUAGGUUGUCCAACUAGGUUUCUGUUUCUGGUCUUAAUCCAUAAACUAGUGGUCCUGCAAGGCCAACAUCCAUCCUCAUACUCUGUCACUGACACCGAGGCAAACAUCCACACAUACACACAGGCAGACAGCCACACACACACACAGGCAGACAGUUACACACACACAGUCACACACACACAGACAGACACACACACAGUCACACACAGACAGUAACAUACACAGGCAGACAGACACACACACAGACAGUCACACACAGACAGUCACAGUCACACAGACACACUGACCUGCUUCUUACCUCCUGCUUGGAGCUCCUGGAGGCUGGUUGUUGGGGAAGCAGGGACUCCUUCCUGCUUCCCAUGCUGCAAUUAGCCGGGCCCCGCCGCACACUAAGCCCCGCCCCGCCGCACAGUAAGCUCCGCCCCUGCCGCAAAUUUCUUUAUUUUUUUUUUUUAAAUGAUUCCGGGCGGCCGUGUGUGAGCCGGCCGCCUGGCUCCCCCUGCUCCCAUGGGGCUAUGUGCGGCCGCACAGCUCACACACGGCCGCCGGGAUCACAAGAGCUGUCAGACCGGCCCCAGGUGCCGCGGCCCACCGGGAAAUUUCCCGGUAUCCCGGUGGGCCAGUCCGGCCCUGGCCCUACCCCCCACAGCACAGCACCCCAACAGCACAGCACCCCUAACCCCCACAGUACCCCUUUUCCCCCCAAACAGCACAGCAUUCCUACCCCCCACAGCACAGCACCCCUCCCCUACACACACACAUACACACAGCACCCCUACCUCAGUAGUCUGUGUGUAUUCAGCAGACUGCGUGUGUGUAUUCAGCAGUGUAUGUAUUCAGCACACAGUGUGUAUGUAUAUGUAUUUAGCCAUCUGUGUGUGUGUGUAUGUAUUUAGCGGACAGUGUGUGUAUGUAUUAAGCAGUUGGUGUGUGAAUGUGUUCGGCAGUCUGUGUCUAUACAUCGCAUUUGUUGGAGAAACUAAUAAAUAUAAGCUUCAUUUUAUCUAUUUAUAUCAUUAUUUAACAUUUGUUUCAUUGAACUCUGUUGUGUUCUUUUUUUAAAACAAAAGUUGUUAAUUAGUUCGGACAACUGUUAGAGUUGUGUUUUCUAAACUUAAACCUCAGUAUUCAGGUUUAAUUGCCGUGUUGGCACUUUGAGGGAAAAAAAGUUGGCAUGUAUUGCAGUUUGGGCACUCGAGCUCCAAAAGGUUCGCCAUGACUGUCCUAAUAUGUAAGAGAAUUCACACACAGAAAUACAGUUUGAAACUUUUUAAGAAAAAAAGAAUUCUAACUACAAAACUAACAAUUAUUCACUAAACUGAGAAUUGUCAAGUAUCAAAAAUUAUUUCAAACUUAAUUUUAUAUCUAAAGCCAAAGUAACUGAACUGGAUGUGUGACGAGACCAAUCUCGCCACAUUGCAUUGGAGAAGCCUGGUUGCCUUUGGACUAUGGCCCCCUUUUAAAAGACUUUAUUUUUCCAUGCAGAAAAGCCAUAUUCAUGCUUUUCUGCCGGUUGUUCGGUAGUUUCAAUCUACCGAACAACCGUACGAAUGACUGGACCACCUGGGAGCUGGAGUGUGCCGGCAAUUAACCUCCCUGAAGCUGCGGUUAACCGCAGCUUAAUUGAUGAACGCUGGGUGGCCGCCGUUCGUAUCCCGAACACGAGGUCGCGGCCAUUUUAAACCAUACGAAUGAACAGCGGUGUUCGCCUCUAUUUUCAUGGAACUAAAAUCGGACACAGUUUUGCGCGAACACCGCUGAAGCCGCCGACCUCCCUUCUUGUUCGGUGAAAGCACACGAAUGACCCGGUGUUCGGUAUUUUUGUGUGAAUAUCUUAUACCCCAGAUAGGAAUCCCAUGGAGCCCAUUCGUAUGAAACUGACUGUAAAGACUUUGGCUCCAUGGCGAUUGAACUGUAUUCGUGUAGUCUGAGUGCCAUUCACCUAAUAAUGUGCACUCAGACCUGAGCUAUCUGGGGAUGUGUUACAUGUCUGUGUUUUACGUAGUAAAUGUUACUUUGUGCAUUUUAAAGUGUUAUGCUGGUUUUGUGUUCCCACGUGUGUAAUGGAGUUUUGCCUUUGUCUUGGGAGAUAAUUGAGUUACUUCCCAAUUAUCUCCCAGGGCAGAGGGGAGGAAGCCAGGAUGCAUUGUGGGAAUAUACUGUGACUGUGUGUCCUAUUUGUAUACUUGUCUGUCCCUUGUCACAGUCUUCCAUCUGGUCCCCUAGGGGAGUGUCCACCAGGUGGGAGACCUGCAUAAAAGCCGGGCAGGUAGCCCUCAUUAAACAGACCACUGCUUGACCCUCAACACGGAGCCUUGUCUCGUUCUUGGGGGGAUUCACUGUAUGCUGUUAGAGACUGAUUGCCAGGAGUGUAAGCUGUUCGUCUGCUUUUCCUGUUCGUCUGCUAGCAGCUAUUUGGGAGGUUCCAGUUCGGGAGUUGGAGUGCUAUUUUGUAUCCAGUUCGUGAGUUUUUGUGUUCUGCAGUAGCUGUGCCUGUAUCUCUGGAAAGGGGGCCGAUCGCCUAAACGGUUUUUACCCCUUGUGUGCAAAACGGUCCGUUACAGGAUGCAUAGCAGACUUUUUAUUUCCAAUUCAGCUAUUUUGAUCUUAAAGGGACACUGUAGGCACCCAGACCACUUCAGCUCAUUGAAGUAGUCUGGGUGCAAUGUCCCAUGUCCCUUAACCCUGCAGAUGUAAUUAUUGCAGUUUAUAGAGGGACUUCCGGAAUUGAAAGGGACCUUUGGUCCGUUAUCUGACGCUGGACGUCCUCAAGCUAUGCAUGAGGACCUCCAGGAUCAGAUGUUUCUUAUUCAGUGCUUUCCUAUGGGGAAAUUGUAAUGCGAGCAUGGCAAGGAGGGCACUGGGUGCACUCUUACCUCAAGGGGUUAAACUAUUGAAUGAUUCCCUAUUCAAAAAACUAGCUUGGAAAAAAAAAAGUUUAUUUUCAAGACAGUUUUAUGAAUGGGGAGACCCUGAUUGGCUAAAAGCGUCAACUGGCCGCUCUCCACCGAUCAGUGGCACUCCAUGCUUCCUGAAACUGAGCUUUCAGAAACCCGAUGUCAUCUGAAGGGUGUUAUAAUUGGCGCUGGAGGCACCAGCUUCAAUCUCAACUCCUUUCAAAAAGCAUCCGGCUUCCUUGAGGUAAGAGUGUGCCUGGGGGCUUUCUGGCAACUUAACAACUUAAUUCAGAUUAAGUUGUUAUGAUGCCCAGGGUGCCCCGUUAACAGAACAGGAGAUAAAAUCUUAGAAACACACUGUGCUGUAAGAUCUGAUUGAAAAUAAAACUUUUUUUAUGGGAAAUGUGGUUACGGCUUUAAACAGUAAGAAGGCUAAAUCCUAUAUCAUUAGAAAGCUAACUAUGAUAUAAUUAAAAAGCUAAAUAUUAGCAUAAUUAUUAGGCUAAAUAUGAUGAUGAUUAUUAAAGGCAUUCAUAAAGUGCAAACAAAUUUUGCAGCGCUGUACAAUUUGGGAAAAGCACAGUACAAUAUACACAGCCCAAUGGUAUCAGUAAUAGGUUGUUUUCCUCUUAUUUACAGAAACUGGAUAACGUCUCAAAUCUAAAAAAAGAGUCUGGAGAUCCAAGUAAACCUGUCUUCAGCUUUAAAUGGGCGAACGGGAAUAUUCGAGGAGGUCAAGUCAUCAGCAAACAAGAAUCUGACCCACUAAUGGAUGGUUUAAAGGAUUCACCAAAAUUUCGGAAGAAAUACAAAGCUUCAUGGUAUCUCCGAAUCCAUGCUUCGAAACUGGACGCAAUGGUAAAUCCACACGUACCACUUGGUGCUCUGCCUGAAGGGGAACAGUUUGAGCUUCGUCAAAGGAAGAUCCAACUUCCUAAAUUCCCCAAUUAUACAGAAGGGUCAGAUGGGAUUCUAUUUCGUGUGGCUAACAAAGGCCAAACAGAAGGGGGUGCUGUAAGGACCAUAUUACACCAUGACUUGUACUGCCCAGGUGACAAGAAGCUGGGUGUCUUUGGAUAUAAGAACCAGACAAUAAAGGACGCCAUUGUGGCCGAUGGGAGGUUUAAGAUUGACUUUUAUAGUGGAUUCAUUCUUAAAGGUGGGAAAGGAGAGGAGGAAUAUGAAAAUCACAUGCAGUUGUCCUGUUUACAAGAUAAUUACAAACAAUACACAUACACUAUAGUUUUUCCUCCUGGGGAGCCUUGUAAGCCCAAUUUACCUUCCGCCACGCACUCAGUGAUAGACGAUCAGGAGUCACAGGAGAAUAGGAUUUCUUACACCCAGUUACCUCAGUCCCAGGCACGGUAUGAAGAGUUUACUAAAGACUUUAGGCAAUAUUAUAGGAACAAAAAGUCCUGGGAAAUUGUAAAGGAGAAUUUCUCCAAUGAUAUCACAUCGAAGCCAAUUACCCUGGCCAGUACCCAUCGAUUACUCACCCAGCACCUAGAUUCAGUGGGGUUGAUCAAGUACCAGGGCUGUGAUACAAUUAUAGGGACCUGCUUCUUACUGACUGGGUCUUUGGUCAUCACCUGCAAUCAUGUGGUAAGAGAUAUUCUGAAAUAUACUGAUUCCAUUCAGAAUUGUUGCAUUAUAUUUAAUUACGAGAGUGAUGCAGAUAAACAAAUAGACUACCCCGUUAUUAAUGAAAUCACAUCCAACACAGAGCUUGAUUUUGCCAUUUUACAAUUAGGCAAUCUUCCUGGGGAAACACCCCCCCGUGGUUUGUUAGAGUAUUUAGAGUUACCUCCUGCAAAUGGAGCUGUCAGUAUUAUUGGGCACCCUAAAAACCAGUUCAAAAUGAUUGAUUUGUGUUCGGUGAUCAGUUAUGGCUUGAGAAACACAAUCAUCCAAAAUAGUCCGUUUCUACAUUUAGCAACAAAAGACACAUUUCAGGAAAUGAGAGACCCAAACUUAGUAACAUACGAUACAUGUUUUUACUCAGGAUCCUCUGGCUCCCCAGUAUUUAAUGCCUUUGGAAAGCUAGUUGCGAUGCACACAGGGGGUUAUGUGGUUCACCUUUUCAAUAAAAAAACAAGCAUUAUUGAGUAUGGAAGGUCCUUGUUUGAUGUUAUCGUUUGUGCGGCAGUUGAAAGAGAAGAACUGUGCUCUGCUUUUAAAGAAUUAGCUGACCGCAAUGAAGACCUAAAGACAAAAAUUCAUGAUCUUCCUAAACAUGCAUUAUACCUACAGCCCUUUAUACGGCAACUUCUGCAGCUUUGGGAAUCAGAAACUGAUCUCAUCCCAACAAGUGACAGCAGCCAAACAUCAAUGGACACCGAUUAG